UUUUGCUAAAAUGAAUGAUAUUUGACUUUCAGGGCUAAACGUUGACGAUAGAGAAUAGGCUUUAGUCCCUGAUCAAGGCCCACUUUUAUGUCCCAAAUCAACGGGUCGGACCCGAUCCGGCCCGAUGUAUAACCUCCAUCAAUUCGAAUCCAAAAUAUUCAAGUCAUCAGACGGUAAGCGGUAGCUCCGUUCUCUUAGCUGCGAUCACAAAGAGAGAAGCGUCUUCUCCGUUAGCAAUGGAAUCCUAUGAGCAAACUGAAGAGGAAACCGUAGCUACUAGAUCUCAGAAAAUGGCUGGAACUGUAAACUGGGGCACUGCUACUGUAAUUGGGGUAUUCGCUGGCAUGGUUUAUGGAGGUAGCAAGGAGGCUUCUGCUUCUGUUAGCAAGGAUGCGGAGGUGAUGUUGAAGCUUGGGAGCACACCAGAUAAGCGUGAACAGUAUCGGCUCAUGAGAGAUGCUAUGGAAAAAAGAUUUAUACGAGUCACUCGUGGAUCAAUAGUUGGCGGGAUACGCCUUGGAAUGUUCACUGCUGCUUUUUAUGGAUUACAGAAUUUGCUUGCUGAAAAGCGUGGGGUGCAUGAUGUUUAUAAUGUUGUUGGAGCUGGUUCUGCUACAGCUGCAACAUUUGGUCUAAUUAUGCCAGGAUCACUUCAAUGGCGUGCGAGAAACGUGAUGCUGGGUUCUGCUUUGGGUGCUGCAGUUUGCUUCCCUCUUGGGUGGCUUCAUUUGAAGUUGGUAGAGAAAGCCAAUGAAGGGACGGGGACAACUGAUGGCGAUGAAGUGAAGGGUGGCGUAGGUGCUGCAAUUGAGAGACUUGAGGGGCACUUGAACAAAGAUGUUAAAUCCACAUGAAGUGGAAUUUGAUCUUUUCUUCACCUGUAUGAUGGUGACAUUAGCAAAAGAAAAUACCGGAGGCAAGGUAAAAACGGAAGAGGUUUGAAGCAGGCGUCUUGUAUUGUUCCUUCUUCCCUCGGUCUGUUCCCUGUCACGGAGCUUUAAAGCUCACUAAACUUGGCCUUUCUUUUUUUUGAUAGGAUUGUUUAGAUAGUUUGUGCUUCAUAAAGACAUGAAAAGAGCGUGAAUCAACUUUUUGACGUUUCAAAAAAUAACCGACAACGUGGAAGAGGGAGGAUGUUGUGCUUUAUCAGGAUAGCACCCCUUGUCAAUAUUAUGGCGGAAAUAGUUAUUAGUAGACUAUUCUUUCGUCGAGGAUGGCAGAUAUAGUUAAUCACUUAAGAGUAUCUUUUGUUGAGGAUUAAGGUAUAUUGAUUUGGCGUCCUUUUUAUUUGGAUAUUGUUGGUGAAUCUCCAGUAAGAAUGAUUUGUGAUUGUGUGUAAAACAUUCUGUACAUUACCAGCUUUCUAAGAAACUCAAUUAUCUAAAAUAGUGAACUAUCCAGUUUAAUUGUUUCA